AUUUGAGAGAGAACAAUGUCAAAAUAUGAAUCCUCAACAAAUUCAAGCUAAACGAGAGAGAGACCUUGUGCCCUGGUUUGAACAAGCUGUAAUUAGUGAUGAGUUCAUUAAUGUCCAUGAGCAUAUCAAAGACGAUGAGCCUCCUAUUCCUCAACAAAUAAAUAUUGAUGACAUUGCUUAUGAACUUGUGCAAUAUUCUGAUGGGAGGUUUAUUGAAAUACAUGAAGAAGCUGAUGUUGGGGAGGGGAUUGGGGAAGAGGAUGAAAAAGGAGAAUGGGAAGAUUUUGAGACAUCAGAAGAAGAAAACAUAGAAACAUAUGUUGAGGAGAAUGAUAGUAGUGAUGAGUAGGCAAUAAUAUUGAAACUAUUGA